UGGGUCACGUGUUGAGGUUUAGCUGGUUCGGGUUGCGUUUGAGCUGAGCUGAGCUGUAACACCGCUUCUCUGAGUUUCUGUGUUUUACUGAUUAUUGAUUAUUGAUUAAUCGGUGUGUGUGUGUGUGUGUGUGUAGAGGCCGAUGGAAGAGGGCGUGUGCUGCGUGCUGUUCUGGGCCGCUCUAGUGUGUGUGCUGGUGCUGUUGGGGCUUUUUAUUCGGGCUGAUUGUGAUUUUACACUCCAGUGGGCGAAAACCUUCGGCACUAAACCAGAUGUGGCUCUGCGAGGGAAGGUGGUGUGGAUCACCGGAGCGUCGGGCGGAAUCGGGGAGGAGCUGGCGUAUCAGCUCGCUGCCGCCGGAGCUCGGCUAGUGCUGUCUGCGCGCAGAGAGGCGGCGCUGGAGAGAGUCAAGCAGAACUGUUUAGAGCGCUACACUCUAGAAGAUAAGGAUGUUCUUGUUCUUCCACUCGAUCUGCUGGACCGGGCGUCACACCCGGAGAAAACCGAGGCUGCUUUGCGCUACUUCGGCAACAUAGACAUGCUGGUUAAUAAUGGCGGCCGUAGUCAGCGCGGCCUGUUUGUGGAUACGGAUGUGGAGGUGUACCAGAGCCUGAUGGAACUCAACUACCUUGGCACCGUUUCCAUCACCAAACAGGUGCUGCCCCACAUGAUCCGCCAGGGCAGCGGCAUCAUUGCAACCGUCAGCAGCCUUGCUGGGCUGGCUGGAACUCCGCUGGCCACCGGAUACUCAGCCAGCAAACAUGCCCUGCAGGGCUUCUUCAAUGCUUUACGGCCAGAACUGACCGGCUCCCCUGGAAUAACCAUCAGUAUGAUCUGCCCGGGACCUGUCGUCUCCCAGAUCGUACAGAACGCCUUCACUGAGCACGUAGACAAGUCAUUGUCCAGUGCUGGUGACCAGACACACAAGAUGUCCACUGAGCGCUGCGUCCAGCUCAUGGUGGCUGGACUGGCCAAUCAGUUGAAGGAGAUGUGGAUCAGCCACCAGCCGUUCCUGCUGUUUGUCUACGUGUGGCAGUACAUGCCCACCCUCGCCUGGUACCUGACCAACAAGCUGGGCAGCAAGCGUGUGCAGAACUUCAAAGCUGGUCUGGAUGCAGAUUCUGCGUACUUCACCAAGAUGAAGGCCAAGACCACCUGAGAAACCGCGCUGGUCACCAAAAGCUCGUGUAGUUGAGCUGCUCCGAAGCUGGACGUGACGGGCCCUGCGGUGAAAUAUUGUUCACAAUUGUAAAUAAAUGCCCUGUUUUAAUUGGUUCUUCAGACUGAUGGAGAACGUAUGAUGGUGGUGGGUUAGUGUAGUGGGUAACACCUACCUUGAUGAUCAUAUAAUCACAUAAUGCAGCAGAAUUAAUGUCAGCGCCGCACGUUUAUCUCGAUAAACAACAUUUCCCACAAUCCUCUGUGUCUGAUUCCAGUUUGCUCUUUAUUGAGGUAAAUGUGUGACGCUUUUUGAACGAAGGGAAAGAAACAGCAGACUUCACUACCGCUGGGCAUCAUAAGGGCAUUAGUCUGUUUUUGCACUGACAGUCACCUCGGCCAGCUUUGACCUCGUCCUGCUUGUUUAAAGAGGGUCAGAGGGUCAGGAUGUAGCCGUGUAAAGCUGAACUGAUUUGUCUUACAGAAAAUUUCUCUGUGUGAAUAAAAGACACUGCUAUGAUAUUUAAUUUAACAAAUUAAAAUGAAAAUGUGACUAAAGCUA